AUGAUGUUCCGAUCUUUUACUCCUCUCCCUUCUCUUCGCGACAUUUCCUUCUCCUCCAGACUCUCUUCACGACUCCUUAUCCGCGACUCUUUCUCCGCUACUCCGAAGCGACCCUAUACCCGGUCCUACUCUACCGCACCGACUCCCUCCGCCUCUAUCCACGCUCCACCUCCCCAAGCGCAGCGCUCGCGUUUCCGCCGCUUCAUCGGCUUUACCUCAAUCGCCGUCUUCGCAUUCACCAUCGGGCUGACCUACCAAACCCAACGAACCGUCUCACGCAUCAUGGCCGCCCCAACCGACGAGGAGACCCUGACGGCAUUCAUUGCCACCGACUCCGCAACUUCGGAGAUCGAUAACGCGAUCCGCACUCACCCCGUCGCAGAGGCCCUCCGCGCAAACCCGGAAUUCACCGAAUCGCGCCCACACCUUACAAUACCCGAGCCCCUGCGCGAACGCAACCUGACAGCCGGAACACUAGCCGGACCCGGGAGGAUCGUCGUGCCGCCAUAUGUAUUCAGCGAGCGCGGGGGCAAGACCAUGAUCUCGCUCAUGUAUCUGGGCGGCGAUGUCUGCGGUCACCAGGGUAUUAUCCACGGCGGUCUACUGGCUACAUUGUUGGAUGAGGGCCUGGCGCGUUGUUGCUUCCCGGCUUUGCCUAAUAAGGUUGGCGUUACGGCCAAUUUGAAUAUUGAUUAUCGGGCUCCAGCUAUGGCGGAUCAGUAUGUUGCCCUCCGUGCGGAAACUGUUAGGGUUGAGGGUCGCAAGGCGUGGGUGGAAGGUCGUAUUGAGACUCUUCCGAGUGAUGGUACGGAGCCUGUGGUGUUGGUUGAGGCUAAGGCUUUGUUCAUUGAGCCUCGACAAGCUGCUGCGCUGUCGAGUCUCUAUAAAGUGGCGUGA